AUGGACUCGCCGGCGGCGCUCUCGGAGUCGCCCAUGGAUCAGGAUGAUAUUCCGUUCCCUUGCAAGGGCUGUGGAGAGAUCCUGGAAGAAGGCAAGGCAUUUGAACUAUCCGGAAACCGAUGGCAUAUCGACUGCUUCCGCUGCAGCACAUGCGGCACCCUGCUCGACUCGGACGCGCAUCUCCUUCUCCUCGGCGACGGCUCGCUGAUCUGUAGCAACUGUACCUACAGCUGCAGCUCCUGCGGCAAUAAGAUCGAGGACCUGGCCAUUCUGACCGGCGACCAGGCCUUCUGCGCCAGCUGCUUCCGCUGUCGCAACUGCAAGCGCAAGAUCGAGAACCUUCGCUAUGCGCGCACCUCACAGGGUAUCUUCUGCAUGGACUGCCACGAGUCUCUCAUGCAGCGCAGGCGAAAGAAAAAAAAUCCUGGAGCCUCCACCACCAGUUCCUCUUCAAAGAAGGCUUCCCCGCCCAAUGUCAAGCUCGACAAAUCCCUGCCUUCCCUGCCCCCCAACAUCGACAAGCCACAGACCCCGUCUCGCCCAGAUGACGAGACCGAAUCACAAUAUACAGAUACCCCGGGCGAGAUCCCAGAGAGAAGAGAAGUGAAGAAAAGAGAGGAAAUGAAUGGAUCGAGAAAGCUAACCACUACAGACACACUCAUCCUCCCAUCUAGUACGUAUCGCAGCAACCGCCAUUCAAUGCUCCAAAGCCGUUCUCUCGAAGCGGACGCCGACGGGGGCGGGGAAUUUCUCAUUCCUCUCGCCUUCGAUCCCUCCGAAGACCCUCAGUCCUUCCGCCCGCCGCCUCGAACCUCCUCCGAUUCUCGCUCGCGCGACUAUUCGAGCCAAUCCACCAAACCCGCCCCGAAGCCGUCGUCGUCGUCCAAAGAUGCCCCCAAUGACUACGUCUCCAGUGCCACCUCUUCCGAAGCACCCUCCCCGCAUAUCGCAUACCAAGAUAAGAGCCAGAGCCGCGACCGCGCCGCAGACAAUGACCCUGCCUCACGAUGGCGCUCGGAUGCAUCCGCUACCAACAAGGCAAGCAAGUCUGGCUCGGCCCGUAGUUCCCGCUCGGAUCUGCAUGGAGCUGCAAUCGCCGCCGCCGCCGCCGCGGCAGCCAGCCCUGAGAGCUCCCGAUCGGAGAAUGGGACUUCGAGCCGUCCGUCUCAUGAGCUCCGUAAGCUGCAUGAGAAUGGCUCGAUGGACUCGAGCCGCUCCGCUGUUGCCUCUCCUGGAGGCAGUAGCAUCGGUAGUGGCAUGCAAUACCCACCCAAACGGGGCGACUCGUUGCAGUCUAAAACCCACCAGAUUCCCCGCAAGGAGGUCGCCUCGCCCACCAGCGCCAUAACUCUGUUCCCCUCGGGUCAAGAUGAUGUUAAUGGACGAUCUGCUGGUGCUGGUGCUGCACCAACGUCGGCUCCGACUAAACCCCAUGGAUCUCCCGAUACAUCUUUGCCGCUUCGAGAUCGUAGUGACUCCCAGCCGGACCCGGUUAAGAGCGGCCGCAUACGCCAGGAUUCGGCGAGUACGUAUCGAUCCGAUGCACAGCGUGCAGCUGCAGCUGCAGCAGCAGCAGGUGUAGUAGGACUGGAGAACACGGUAUCCCCAGCAUUACUCCGCUACAGCGGUGGUGGGGCCUUCUCCAUGGAUGAGGACAUGGCGCGGAUUAUGGGAUACGAAGACUCGCAGCAGGCCGCUGCUGCAGGGCAGACGAGCGAGUCGUUCCUGCGACGCGUCUCUAACUCGGUGCGCCAUGCCCGCAGUCUCAGCGACAAGGGGUCGCGGCUGUCCCGGGACGGCAAAUGGCCCAAGUCGCCGGUGAACGGGACCGCGCCGGUGGACCAUCUCGGCAGCCCGAAGACACCAGUGGGGAUCUCAUCGCCGGAGCAGCGGGACGAGAUCGCCUGGCUACGCAGCGAGCUGCGUAAGGAACGCCAGCGGGUGCAAGAGAAGGAGCAGAAGAUCGCGGAGCUGGAGGCGAUGGUCAACGCGUCGGCGGAGGUCAAACAGGCCCAGUCGGAGCUGCACGAGAAGCGGUCGACCAUGGUGGUUCUGGACGCACAGAAGGAGAUUGUGAUGCGCGAGCUGACGGUGCUGACGGAGCACCUGGAUAGCGAGAAGCGCGGGGGCAAGAACCAGCUGGACCUGGGGCGCUUGACGAACCAGGCCCUGCGUGAGUUCGUCGAGGCGAUCCAGCAGCUCAAGGACUCGUACGCGCCGCAGAUCGAGGAGCUGAUCCAGAAACGCAACCAGGCCUCCGAGGAGCUGGCCAACAUGAAUCGCAUGAAGGACAAGAGCUUCCAGGAGUUCGAGCAGCUGUCGUCCAAGAACGCCCAGCUGGCCGAGUUGAACAACCAGCUGGUCCACCAGAUCCAGGAGCUAUACAAGGCCAACGACCACCAGCGCAGCGCGAGCACCACUACCAACACCAACACCAACGGGCUGGGCAUUUACUCACACCACAGCAAGGAAAAAUCCAUGACCUCCAUCGAGUUGCUCAAGCCCUCCAUCAAUGACCUGUCCACCUCCAUCUCCACGGCCAAUCUGCAGGAGGAGGCUGAGCCGGCAACCGUGCUGCCGGGCCCACAAGUCGUGAGCAUCCGCAAGGGCCAAGUGCGCAAGUUCAACUGGAAAAAGGGUGGCCAGAACGUCGCCAAGGGGGUCACCAAGGGCCUGAAGGGGGCCUUUGGCUCCAGCGAGGCCAAGGAUCCCACCGCUCUUCCCUACGGGUCGGUCCAGACUGGCCAGGAACUCAAUCCGAACUUGCCACGCUCCCAGACCCAGGACCCCAGCCGCCAAGGGUUCGGUUUCUUUGGCAAUCAGAAGAGCAAACAAUCCUCCUCUACUAACAAGAUGGCGCAAAAUGAUGGCACUGUGUCUGAAUCUGGGCAGCCUGGCCUCUUCGGAACUGAAUUGGAGCAGCGGAUGGAAGUGGAAAAGAGCGUUGUUCCCGCUAUUGUGACACGGUGCAUCCAAGAGGUCGAGCUACGAGGCAUGGAUAUGGAAGGCAUCUAUCGGAAAUCCGGCGCCAGCAGCGUAACGCAGACGAUUCGAGAAGGGUUCGAAAAGUCACAUCUGGACUACGACAUCUCCGACCCAGACCUGGACAUCCACGCGGUCACGUCGACGUUGAAGCAGUACUUCCGCAAGCUGCCCACGCCGCUGAUCACCUUUGACGUGUACGAAGGGGUCAUCGAGAGCGGGGAGAUCACCUCCCAGCAGGCCCGUAUCGAGGCCCUGCAGAAGAGCCUGAGCGAGCUGCCGCGGGUCCACCGCGACGUCCUCGAGUUCCUCAUGUUCCACCUCACGCGGGUCGUCGAGCGCGAAAAGGAAAACCUCAUGACCAGCCAGAACGUCGCGGUCGUCUUCGCCCCGACCAUCAUGCGGCCCGAGACGCUCGCCCGCGAGAUGACAGACGUCCAGAAGAAGAACGACGCCCUCAAGUUCAUGAUUGAGAAUUGUUCCGAGAUCUUCAUGGGGAUCCAAGAAUAA